AUGAGUGGAUCUCGGCACCGAGUGGCCGGCCCAAACCAAACCAAAAAACCGAAUUACACGCAAUACCAAAUCCUAGGUAACUACACGCACAUGACGUCAAUCAUGGUGAACAACUUAAGAAGUUGGAGUAUGUUCACUCGUCGCUGA